AUGGCAGAAGGAGAUGAUCAAACAUCGACUAUUUCUUCUUCGAUAAAUAAUGAUGUUAAUGAACAAUAUCUUGCUAGUUUAAUAGAAAUGGGUAUUGAUCAAGAAGCAGCUCGACAGGCUUUAAAACUUGUUAACAAUCGAAGUUUAGAAGAUGCUUUAGCUGUUAUUUUUGACGAAUCAACUUCGUCUAUCAACAACACUAAAGAACAACGAACAGCGGGUAAUCAAACGGACAUGACUGCAAAUUCUAUUUUCCAAAAUUCAAAUAUUGAAGUAAAUACACCUAUGAAUACAAAUCAAAAUGAUGAUAUCGAUGAAAGUAUAAUGACAUAUAAAAUGUUAUUUGUUGUUAAUGGUUCAUUACAAAUGAGUUCAGGUAAAAUAGCAGCACAAGUUGCACAUUGUGCAAUAGAUUUAUAUCAAAAAUUAAUUGAAAAAAAUUCAAAAUCUUUAAAUUAUUGGUAUGAAUAUGGUGAAACAAAAAUUGUUGUUCGUGGUAAAUCAACUGAAGAAUUACUUGAUAUUGAAUCUCGUGCUAAAAUAAAUUCAUCUAUAAUUACAUCAAUUAUUGAAGAUGCUGGUCGAACUGAAAUCAAAAGUGGUUCAAUUACAUGUCUUGGUUUAUUUGGUACAAAUAAACAAUUAAAUCCAAUUACAGGUCAUUUAAGAUUAAUGCAAGAUUGUUUAAAAUGUAGCGGGAAUUAA